CGCCGGUGCCCGCGGGGAGCGCGGGGCGAGGCCGGGCAGCGGCUCUGCGCGCGUCCGGAGGGGCUGCGCCCUGUGCGGCACUCUCGGGGCUGUAUAACGGAGAGUGUUCUGCAGAGAAGAAGUUCUUUGAGUUCCAUCUUGUCCAGGACUGGUUUCGUCUCUGCUGUCAACAUGGCAGUGUCACUUAGAACUGCAUGGUCCAGCCUCUUUUGGAUGCGUUCAGUAGCAACCUGUAAGCAGGUCCCACUGCAGAAUGGAGCUGUGUCUCGUGCUUGCCAUAAAUCUACAUACUCAGUUCUCCCUGACGACUACAAUUGCAAAGUGGAACUUGCAGUGACAUCCGAUUCGAAGACAAUUGUCUGCUAUCACCCUUCGCUUGAGAUUCCAUAUGAGCAUACAAAACCCAUACCACGGCCAGAUCCAGUGAAUAAUAAAGAAGAAAACCUUGAUCAAGUUUUAAAAUCAAGAUUGAAUGAAAAAGAACUAAAGAACAGUAGAGGUCCUACAAUUGAAGAGCUCAGCAAAAUGUUUUACACAACAAAACAUCGCUGGUACCCUGUGGGACAGUAUCAUAGAAGACGCAAGAAUCCUAAUCCUCCUAAGGACCGAUAAUGAAGAUAACUUUGCUGUUAAUUUUGAUUGAUAAUAAAAGCUACAGAAAGUGACAUGUUUGGCUGUAACAGAA